CCUUUCAUUUUCCACCGCAACCAUUUCCCCUCCUUCUACUCCAUCAAGGACGAGCGAAACUGACCUUUCCCCCUCCCCCGCAUCCCACCUCGCCGAGAUCUAGCCCUAGGGUUUCGCCAGCGGCGAGCUAAGCUACACUACCGGGGGAAGAGGCGUGUGAGAGAGGGAGGAGGCCGCCAUGGGGCAGCAGUCGCUGAUCUACGCGUUCGUGGCCCGCGGCACGGUCAUACUGGCCGAGUACACGGAGUUCACCGGCAACUUCACCACCAUCGCCUCCCAGUGCCUCAUGAAGCUCCCCGCCAGCAACAACAAGUUCACCUACAACUGCGACGGACACACGUUCAACUACCUUGUGGAAGAUGGAUUCACAUAUUGUGUGGUUGCUGUUGAAUCAGUGGGGCGACAAGUUCCCAUUGCUUUCUUGGAUAGGGUUAAGGAUGAUUUCACAAAAAGAUAUGGUGGUGGAAAAGCUGCUACUGCUGCAGCUAACAGCCUCAACCGAGAGUUCGGAUCAAAACUUAAGGAGCACAUGCAGUAUUGUGUGGACCACCCUGAAGAGAUCAGCAAGCUGGCCAAAGUGAAGGCACAAGUUUCAGAAGUCAAGGGUGUUAUGAUGGAAAACAUUGAAAAGGUCCUCGAUCGUGGAGAGAAGAUUGAGCUGCUUGUCGACAAGACUGAGAAUCUGCGCUCACAGGCACAAGAUUUCAGGCAGCAAGGAACGAAGGUAAGGAGAAAGAUGUGGCUACAGAACAUGAAGAUAAAGCUCAUCGUGCUGGGCAUCAUCGUCGCGCUAAUUCUGAUCAUAAUCCUGUCCGUCUGCCACGGUUUUAAAUGCAAGUAAGCGUGGGCCAGAAAGUCGAGACUGAUAUACAUUCAACUGCCCCUAAAAUACUGCUGCUUUGAGCUGAAGAAACAUAUGGUCUUUUGUUCUUUCUCUAGUGUGCUCUGGCCCGGUCAUUGUGCACAAGUGUUUCACGUUGUCUUAUUCUUGGAUGGUGACUGCCUGACUGGGUUAAGCGGGUUGAACUGUCGUGUAUUCUUGGUAGUAAUUUCAGAAUAUAACACCCAAUUCGUGUCUCGGCUCAAGAUCACAAUGACAGGUGGAGCCGUCCAGAGUCUACAUAUGAGUCAGGGUGUCAAAUCCUGAAAGGCAUGUUAAUUUGGGUGUUAUAUUCCGAAAUCUAGUAUUCUCGGACGCUAUGUAUGUAUAGCCUGGAUAUGAGUAGAUUUACUGAACUGCCCCCGGAAUGUUGUGCUUCAUUGUUUGCUUUGCUGGAUAAGGAUGUGUCUGCAUUUCGGGCGA